CGGAGGGGGCCGUUCGCCAGCUCUGAGGCAGAAAGUGCCACGACUCCACACGCGCGCACGCAGCCAGCGAGCGGCCGGAGCGGACGGCGAACGGGGCGGACGGCGUCGGGGUCGCGGUGCUUGCAGCUGCUCGGGGGCGGUUUCUCGGCGGAGGCUCGGCCAGCUGCUCUCUUUCUGUUCGCGGCGGCGGCAGCGGCUCCUGCCCUCUCGCUCUCCCUCACUCGUCUCCGGCUGCAGGUGAAAGAAGCAAGCCAGGAUGGAUAUUUACGACACUCAAACCUUGGGGGUUGUGGUCUUUGGUGGAUUCAUGGUUGUUUCUGCCAUUGGCAUCUUCCUGGUCUCGACCUUCUCCAUGAAGGAGACGUCCUAUGAGGAAGCCCUAGCAAACCAGCGUAAGGAGAUGGCGAAAACUCACCACCACAAAGUGGAGAAGAAAAAGAAGGAGAAAACAGUGGAGAAGAAAGGGAAAACAAAGAAAAAGGAAGAGAAACCCAAUGGGAAGAUACCUGACCAUGAGCCAGCCCCCAACGUCACCAUCCUCCUCAAAGACCCAGUGCGGGCACCUGCAGUGGCUGUGGCUCCAACCCUGGUCCAGCCUGCUGUGGUCAUUGCCCCUGUAGCCACGGUGCCAGCCAUGCCUCAAGAGAAGCCAGCUUCCUCGCCUAAGGACAAAAAGAAGAAGGAGAAAAAAGUGGCAAAAGUGGAGCCAGCAGUCAGUUCUAUAGUGAAUUCCAUCCAGGUUCUUGCCUCAAAGGCUGCAAUCUUGGAAACUGCUCCCAAAGAGGUGCCUAUGGUGGUUGUACCCCCAGUGGGUGCCAAGGCCAGUACCUUAGCCACUGGUGCUGCACAGGGCAGAAAGGCAGAGGGAGCCCAGAACCAGGGCAAAAAGGCAGAGGGUGCCCCCAACCAGGGCAAAAAGGCAGAGGGUGCCCCCAACCAGGGCAAAAAGGCAGAGGGGGUCCCCAAUCAGGGCAGAAAGGGAGAGGGGGUCCCCAAUCAGGGCAAAAAGGCAGAGGGAGCCCAGAACCAGGGCAAAAAGGCAGAGGGGGCCCCCAACCAGGGCAGAAAGGCAGAGGGCACCCCCAACCAGGGCAAAAAGGCAGAGGGUACCCAGAACCAGGGCAAAAAGGGAGAGGGGGUCCCCAAUCAGGGCAAAAAGGCAGAGGGAGCCCAGAACCAGGGCAAAAAGGCAGAGGGGGCCCCCAACCAGGGCAAAAAGGCAGAGGGAGCCCAGAACCAGGGCAAAAAGGCAGAGGGUACCCCCAAUCAGGGCAAAAAGGUGGAGGGGGCCCAGAAUCAGGGCAAAAAGGGAGAAGGGGCUCAGAAUCAGGGCAAAAAGGGAGAGGGGGCCCAGAAUCAGGGCAAAAAAGCUGAGGGGGUCCAGAAUCAGGGCAAAAAGGCAGAGGGGGCCCCCAACCAGGGCAAAAAGGCGGAGGGGGCUCCUAAUCAGGGCAAAAAGGCGGAGGGGGCCCAGAAUCAGGGCAAAAAGGUGGAGGGGGUCCCCAACCAGGGCAGAAAGGCGGAGGUGUCCCAGAAUCAGGGCAAAAAAGUGGAGGGAGCCCAGAAUCAGGGCAGAAAGGGGGAAGGGGUGCAGAAUCAAGGCAAAAAAGCAGAAGGGGCCCACAACCAGGGCAAAAAAGAGGAGGGGACCCCAAGCCAGGGCAAAAAGGCAGAGGGGGUGCAGAAUCAGAGCAAAAGGGUAGAAGUGGUCUUGAACCAGAAUAAAAAGGUGGAGGCAACCCCCAACCAGGGCAGAAAGGCAGAGGGUACCCAGAACCAAGGCAAGAAGGCAGAGGGGGCCCAGAACCAGGGCAAGAAGGCAGAGGCCCAGAACCAGGGCAAGAAGGCGGAGGGGGCCCAGAACCAGGGCAAGAAGGCAGAGGGGGCCCAGAACCAGGGCAAAAAGGUGGAGGGGACCCCCAACCAGGGCAAAAAAGUGGAGGGGGCCCAGAACCAGGGCAAGAAGGCAGAAGGGGCCCAGAACCAGGGCAAAAAGACAGAGGGGACCCCCAACCAGGGCAAAAAGGUGGAGGGGACAUCCAACCAGGGCAGAAAGGCAGAUUCGGUUGCUAAUCAAGGCACAAGGGCAGAGGGUUUUGCAAACCAGGGGAAAAAAGCAGACGGGUCCUCUGAUCAAGGCAAAAAGGGAGAGGGAACCCCAAACCAGGGCAAAAAGCCAGAAGGGUCCCUCAACCAGGGCAAAAAGGUGGAGGCAUCUGCCAAUCAGGGUAAGAAAGCAGAGUCAGCUCCCAUCCAAGGCAGAAAUGCAGAUGUGGUCCAGAGCCAGGAGGCACCAAAACAAGAGGCUCGUGCCAAGAAGAAGUCUGGUUCAAAGAAGAAAGGUGAGCCUGGGCCCCUGGACUCCGACAGCCCUCUCUGCCUUCCCUACAAGACCCUGGUCUCCACUGUUGGAAGCAUGGUGUUCAAUGAUGGUGAGGCCCAGCGCCUCAUUGAGAUCCUAUCGGAGAAAGCUGGCAUCAUUCAGGACACCUGGCAUAAGGCCACUCAGAAGGGCGACCCUGUGGCAGUUCUGAAACGCCAGCUGGAAGAGAAGGAAAAGCUGCUGGCCACAGAGCAGGAGGAUGCGGUCGCUGCCAAGAGCAAACUGAGGGAGCUCAACAAGGAGCUGGCAUCAGAAAAGGCCAAGGCUGCAGCUGGGGAGGCCAAGGUGAAAAAGCAGCUCAUGGCCCGGGAGCAGGAGAUCACAGCUGUGCAGGCUCGCAUGCAGGCCAGCUACCGGGAGCAUGUGAAGGAGGUACAGCAGCUGCAGGGCAAGAUCCGGACUCUUCAGGAGCAGCUGGAAAAUGGUCCCAACACACAGCUGGCCCGUCUGCAGCAGGAGAACUCGAUCCUGAGGGAUGCCUUGAACCAGGCCACCAGCCAGGUGGAGAGCAAGCAGAACGCGGAGCUGGCUAAGCUCCGGCAGGAACUUGGCAAGGUCAGCAAGGAGCUGGUAGAGAAAUCAGAGGCCGUGCGACAGGAGGAACAGCAACGGAAGACUCUGGAGGCCAAGGCAGCCACCUUCGAGAAGCAGGUCCUCCAGUUGCAGGUGUCCCACAGGGAGAGUGAGGAGGCCCUGCAGAAGCGCCUGGACGAGGUCAGCCGGGAGCUCUGCCGCUUGCAGACCAGCCAUGCCAGCCUGCGUGCAGAUGCCGAGAAGGUCCAGGAACAGCAGAAGCAGAUGGCCGAGCUGCACAGCAAGUUGCAGUCCUCUGAGGCAGAGGUGAAGAGCAAGUGCGAGGAGCUGAGCAGUCUCCACGGGAAGCUCAAGGAGGCCAGGGAUGAGAACUCGCAGCUCACAGAGAAGAUCCAGUCCAUUGAGGCCCUGCUGGAGGCGGGCCAGGCCCGGGAAGCCCAGGAUGCCCAGGCCAGCCAAGCAGAGCAGCAGGCCCGCCUCCAGGAGCUGGAGUCCCAGGUGUGGUGUCUGGAGAAGGAGGCUACCGAGCUUAAGGAGGCAGUGGAGCAGCAGAAAGUGAAGAACAACGACCUCCGAGAGAAGAACUGGAAGGCCAUGGAGGCGCUGGCCUCAGCUGAGAGGGCCUGUGAGGAGAAGCUGCGCUCCCUGACCCAGGCCAAGGAAGAGUAUGAGAAGCAGCUCCGCCUGAUGGAGGCCCAGACCAAGGAGGCUCUGCAGGCUCUGGUCCCUGCACUCUCUGACUCGGCUCACCAGAGUUACUCUGAGUGGCUGCAGGAACUGAGAGAGAAAGGCCCUGGGCUGCUGAGGCCACCGGCUAGCAUGGAGCCCUCCUCGGACCUGGCCUCCAAGCUGAGGGAGGCCGAGGAGAUCCAGAGCACUCUGCAGGCCGAGUGUGACCAAUACCGCACCAUCCUGGCGGAGACGGAGGGCAUGCUCAAAGACCUGCAGAAGAGUGUGGAGGAGGAGGAGCAGGUAUGGAAGGCCAAAGUGAGCGCCACAGAGGAGGAGCUCCAAAAGUCACACGUCACAGUGAAACAGCUCGAAGAGCUCACAGAGAAGCUAAAAGGAGAACUUGACAGUUCAGAUCAGGUGAGGGAGCACACUUCGCACCUGGAGGCAGAGCUGGAGAAGCACAUGGCAGCUGCCAGCGCUGAGUGCCAGAGCUAUGCCAAGGAGGUGGCAGGGUUGAGGCAACUUUUACUAGAAUCUCAGUCUCAGCUGGAUGCGGCCAAGAGCGAAGCCCAGAAACAAAGCAGUGAGCUCGCCCUGGUCAGGCAGCAGUUGAGUGAGAUGAAGAGCCACGUAGAGGAUGGUGACGUAGCUGGGUCCCUGGCUGCCCCCCCUGAGGCCCCCCAAGCAGAGCAGGAUCCCGUCGAGCUGAAAACGCAGCUGGAGCAGACAGAAGUGGUCCUGGAGGAUGAGCAGACGCUGCGGCAGAAGCUCACUGCUGAGUUUGAAGAGGCUCGGAACUCAGCGAAUAGGCUACAAGAAGAGCUGGAGAAACUCCACAGCAUCAGCCCCUCGGAGCCUUCAGAAGCAGAGUCGGCUGCGCAACUAAAGGAGAGACUAGAAAAAGAGAAGAAGUUAACGAGUGACCUGGGACGUCCCACCACCAAAUUACAAGAGCAUUUGAAGACGACCCAGGAGCAACUGGCCAAGGAGAAAGACACGGUGAAGAAGCUGCAGGAGCAGCUGGACCAGACAGAUGGUAGCAGCUCAAAGGAGGGCACUUCUGUCUGAGAAAAAGAAGUUAACUAUUCAACCAACCAAAAUGCCUUACACAUUCCUUACAAACCAACCAGCCAAUCACCACGGCGUUGUCCAGACCCAACUUCCAGUAGCCCUGAGGGAAGCUAUUAGAGACGAGAGUCUCAGAACCACAGAAAUAGAUAUUCCAGACCCCCAGUUUGUAAAAGAACCUGUGUCACAUUUGAUAAACACUGUUGUUCCUGGGACCAGCUCUGGCCCAGCGCCAAGCAGACGCCAAAGCCCUCAUGAGCUGUGACAGACCCGGGGUGUGUGCUGGGGAGGCCGGGACCUCUGGGUAUCUGUAUGUCAAUCAGUGCAAUCAAUUGGUCUCAGCGGGUCAGGGGGCGGGAGGCGGGCAGACCCACUGGCGAGUCUGAAAGGCUGUGGAGCAGACUGGAGGGCCACAGCCCAGGCCAGCUGGGUAGCAGCCUCUCACCCCAGGAAGAAGUUGCCAACCAGAACUGAUGUGUGACCUCCUGGAUGUUAAUGCCAUUAAAACCAACAUUGUCGCCCGGCG